AUGCCCAGCCCAGGUCCACGGGGGAGCCUCCAGCACCCCCUGGGCCACGAACGUCUCGCCGAGCUCGCGGAAGGCCUCCCAGACGGCCUCACACCCCUGGCAGCCAGGCUCGUAGAUCGCGACGACGAUGCUCCGGCGAGCCCGGCUGCCUUCCACCUUCGCUGGGCCUUCUCCUCCCAGCCCGCGGCGCCGAGGUCCGCCACGCCAGGCGCAGACCAGCCGGCCGCGGCGCUGCCAGCCGCGUCGCCCGCACCUGGGGAUCCCCAGCUGGCGCCGUCGAAGAAGCUGCGGAACAGGUCGACGGGGUCGCUGCGGCCCCCGUCCUCCCACAGCCCGGCAGCGGCCUCGCCCCCGCCGUCGAGGUGCCCGUCGUAUCUCGCUCUCCUUGCCGGGUCGCUGAGAGCCUCGUAG